AUGACAGCUGUUGGCCAUGUCGGCUUUGUCGUGCUGUUGAUUGCGAGUAUUGGUCGUGGCUACGUGCACAGUGGGUCUGAGGAAGCGGAUGUUCUGAAGACCGAGAUUGUGAAGUACAAAGAAGGUUGGUUCACUGCAGCAUGCCCCGGUGACCUUGUAGUGCGCCUGCUAUCUUCGGCACGGACUAUUUCAGAACCGCUGCGCUUGGAGAUUGAGAUCUACAACAUUUGCCAGGGUUGCAACGUGCCAAUCCCGGAGAAAGCCACAGUGGUGAUUGGGGACUAUGGUGUUGAGCGUCGCCAUUUCGCACGAGUUGCCACACAACUCAGCAGCGAGAUCACUUGUCCUGGAAGUGCCAUAAUCAACGUGGAAUUGAAGCCGAAGACGAGCAGCAACAAAAUAGAAAACUUGCCAGCAAAGCUGGAAGUCAUGAUCUUGGAUCAAUACGGAAAAGAGCACCCCUGGGGUUCUGCUAUUGUCGAUUUUCCGUACCACGCCUACCGACCCGUGUUCUGGACGGGCAAGCGCCGCUAUAACUUCUUGGCAAUUGGAUUUCCAGGCGCUGGCAAGACCACUUACAUCACCAGCUUGUCAUCUGCUCUCUCCGUCAGCAACGAUCAGAGGCUGCCUCGUGACAUUGGUCAAGGACGUGGCCACAACACGAAAGCCAUAACGAAGUAUGACCUCUCUUCCCUUUUGGAUGAUUCGUCGAUUGGUGUCAACUUUUGGGACACCUGGGGUAUCUGCGAGGGCGAGACUUGCCAAUUCCGAGAUUUUUCAGAAGCAUUUCUCCAAAACUUGACUGAUGGCAAAGUCCCGGAUGGCUUUCAUCUCAAUGAAUAUGAUGCGCACAAAGGUAUCUUCAAUGAGAUCGGCGGUCACCAGAUGUUUUCGGAAGCUCAUCGCAUGCACGGUGUUUUGUUCUUCAUGAGAUACGAGCAUUCCGUCAGGGAGCCCGAGAAGUCCCUGGCGAAGAAGUACGUGGCAAAGAUUUCAGAGCUCGGCUACUCCACCAUGGUGGUCUUAACCUGGUUGCAGACGGCAUGUCAGAAAAACAACACAGCUGCCUGCGAGACUGAACGGGUGGAAAAGGUGUCCAAAGCUCUUGAUGUUCCACCCAGUACAAUCUUUCCAUUUACUCGUGGAAGAGUGACACUGUUGGGCUACAAGGAUUCGACGGUGAGCAUGUACGGGUUGAAGAUCCUCCAGACGGCGAUGGACAAUGCCGAGCAGUUUUCCAAGUCCAUGGAGCUUGCACACCAGAAGUCCAUGAGAGAGCGGGCUGAAAAGGAAGCACAAGAGAAGGCAGACAGAAAGGAAGCUCAAAAAAUGGUUGGAACAGGUCCUCAGUGGGGGGACUCGGUCCACGCAGCACUGGCAGAGGUGAGUGUUUUGUGGAACUUCAGUCCUGAAGACCAGGUGCUGCUCCGAAGUGCGGGAUGCUUCACCGCAAUUCUGGUUUUCUGCAUUUGCAGCUGGAAGUUUGGAGCUCUUCGUGUCAGCGUUGGGGAUUUGCCGGAGUGGCGUCGACGUGAAGUCCACGUGGAUUUAUGGCUCAGGGUGCUGGUUGGCCUCUUGGUUCUGUGCUGCCUUGCCAUCGCUGUGCUGCCAGGAGCGAGGACUUCCAUGAUUCCCUCGCAGUGGGAAAUGCACUCGAGCCGCGACUGCUCCAGCGAUUCCCUUUUGCUGCAGGCUCCAAACCAUGGGAAGCCUUCAGAAUCAGAGUGCAGAGUACAGUGUGAUGAACGCUGGGAUUGUUCCUUCGCUUCCUGGAGCUCAAGCAGUUGCAGCCUGUAUUCUCAAUGCCUUCAGGUUUCCAAGAGCCAGUUCAAGCUAUUUCAGAAGAGUUCAGAUGCCAGAUGGCAGCUGGGGCCACUCCUGAUUUCAAACCUUUUUUCACUGCUUUUUCCAUCUCUGUCUGGCCUGGCAAUGUGUUCGGUUCUUGCUUCCGCUGGUUGGUCGCUGGUCGCUUCGGGUCUGGAGAUCGGCGUGGCCGCUGCUUUGUCUGCGACGUCUUUGGUCCUCCAGUUUGCCGCGCACCAGCAGCUCCAGGAGCUCUUGGAGCUGUCUGAGCGCAAGAUGCAUGUGCAGAAUGAUGAAUCAGCCAAGACUGUGAGGCAGAGAGAAAUCGAGCAGAAGCUUUGGAAGGAGGUGCGCAGCUGGGGCAAAAUCGCGAUGAGGAAGAGUCGGCAGGUGGUCCUGGCUGACAUUCUCAUUAGCCUGGUCAUCCUAAGCAUCCUGAGCCUGCUCAUCAUCAACGGCGCUUUCGCAGCUUCGGGACAGAAUUCUUACAAUCUCCUUAACAUUGUCUCUAAGCUGUUGGUGGGAGUCGAUGUAAAUGACACGAUGAGGGCACUGUGGCUGGUGUUGGGUGUGUGCCUGUCAGCAAAGCCGUGCAUCCUCGCCAUCCGCAAGUUCGAGCGUGGGUUCCGGGGCUUGGCGCACAAUCCCUUGGACGAGAUUGUCAACGCCAUGGAGUCGGUUGCAGACAGAGCUUGGGAGAUUGAGCAGCUGCUAGAUCAAGAAGCAGAGAAUGCUGCAGUGGAGGAUGAGAAGUCUUCAGUACUCGCUGUCAAGGGAAUGCCAAACGCUACUGUCAAAGCCAGUCUUCUGAACAAGGCGAAGCACCAUCUGCAGGCUUAUGCAAGCAGGCUUCAGUCAGAUCCUGGCAUCGAUUUUGACCGAGAUGAUUUGUUAACGGAACUGGCCAAAGCCACAGAAGACGCCGGCGCCGCUGCGGGAGGUGCCGCUGUUGGCAUUUGCAAGAAAGUGGCCUUCGCAGUGUCUGGCGGUUGGAUUGGUGCGGGUGCAGCAGUCGGUGCAACCGUUGCAUCUCACGGCCGCACUUCCAGCAGUUCAGAGGCCAUGAAGGGCGCAUCGGGUGGAAGCUCGCCAGGGAUGUGGAUGAUGGUUUCUGGUGCACUGCCCCAGGGGGGCCUCAAUUGUCAGCCUCGACUUUUGUCUUGA